UGUUGGGAAUGUUAAUCUAUGGAAAAUAUAGGGACUGCAAGUGUGAAGAUCCUAAAACAUGGAUACAAUCAGUAAAGAAACAAAUGAAAAUGGUAUCAAUAAAGGACCGAAUGAGACGAGUUCUCUCGAGGAAUUCUACGCCGAUAGUGGAAUCCUUGUGACUGGAGCAACCGGUUUCGUUGGGAAAGGUCUCCUGGAAAAACUGAUCCGCAUAUGUCCACGCAUCGCUGCCAUUUUUAUACUAAUCCGUUCUAAAACUAACAAAACGAUAGAACAACGAUUUAACAAGCUCAUAGAUGAUCCCAUAUAUGAUGCUAUUAAAGCAAAGAACACCGCACUUUUCAACAGAGUUUAUCCUGUGAGAGGUGACGUGAAUCUGCCAGAUUUAGGUCUUUCGCGAGAAGAUAGAAAUCUGUUGUUAGAGAAAGUGAACAUAGUGUUUCACGUCGCAGCCACUGUGAAAUUCAAUGAGCCGUUACACGUGGCUGUUAAUGUGAAUACGAAAGGUACUGCUCGUGUGAUCCAACUUUGGAACGAAGUAAGGCAUCCAAUUAGCUUCGUCUACGUCAGCACAGCUUAUAGUAAUGCGAAUUUACCUGAGAUUGGAGAAAAGAUUUAUACCACGAGUUUGACGCCUUGGGAGGUGAUCGACAUCUGUGACAAAUUAGACAACACGUCGAUCAAUGAAAUAGAAAAAAAGAUUUUAAAAACUUAUCCAAACACAUACACAUUCAGUAAGAAUUUAGCAGAGCAGAUUGUAGCAAGCAAGUGCAGAGAUCUGCCAGUUGCGAUAGUGCGGCCAAGCAUAAUUGGCGCCUCUUUGGAAGAACCAUGUCCUGGUUGGAUAGAGAAUAUUUCUGCAUUAACAAGUAUCAUUCUGCCAAUCGGCAAAGGGUGUGCAACAGCGAUACGGGGGACGAGAGAUGCAAGAUUGGAUUUGGAUGUAGUGCCUGUCGAUUUCGUAGUCGACACGAUAAUAUGUACUGCAUGGCAUGUUACGCUACAUCGUGAUCAUGAAGUUAAAGUUUACAACUGCACCAGCAACGCAUACCCUUUUAAAUGGGGUCAGAUGAAAGAUACCAUCGUGAAAUGUUGCAUAGAAACGCCACUGAACGAUACGCUAUGGUACCCGGGUUGUCCAAUGAUAGCUAAUAGAUAUAUUUACAACGUUCGGAGUGUAAUUCCGCAUAUUUUUCCUGCGUUCGUUAUAGAUAACUUUUUAAGACUUCGAGGUAGUAAACCAAUAUGGAUGAAACUUCUCAAAAAUGGUAAUAAGCUGUUCACAUCGCUACAAUACUUCAUCUUGCACGAAUGGACUUUCCAAAGAGAUAAUUGUUCCGACUUAGCGAGGAAAGUAAAAAUGUUAAACGACAGCGAUGUGGUGAAACUGGAUUUACGGGAUAUGGAUUGGGAGAAGUAUAUUGCAAUGUACCAGGUGGGAAUUAAGAAAUUUAUUUUGAAAGAAGACUUUAACUCAAUAGCCCGACAACGAUUGUCAAGGCUGUUCUGGAUACAUCGGAUUACGAAAAUAUGCGGUAUAAUGGUCUUACUACUGAUAAUACACUGUAUCGUGAACGUAAUACUAUUUGAACGUAAUUUCUUCUGA